AUGAGUAGUAAAGUUAAGCUUACGUAUGAGCAAGUGAAGAAGUUUACGGAGGCCAAGAUUCCCAAUGAAGUGGAGGAUGAGAUAUUGACGCGGUAUGCUGAGUUCAGUCUGGAAGGAGAUAUGGUUGUCAAGGACAUGGUGCCGUACUUUGAGUCGCUGGAGCUGCCGAGGAGAUUCUACAAGCAUGUGCGAAAGGAUCAAGUGGUGAUAGAAGGCACCGAUAUAGUUGAUUUUGACAAACUGUUGAAGCUGACUUACCAUAUACUGGUAUUCAUGGACAACGAGACAUUGAUAGACAGCUUGUGGGAGCUGUUAAUCCGGAGCUCUGGUAAGGACAGAAAUGGUUCGGUGCGGGACAUCAAGGACCAUGUACUGAGCAUCAAAGAUUUCCAAAAGAUUGAGAACUACCUCGGCGACGCACAGAACAUCUCUUUGAUAGACAUGGUAAGUGUGGCCACUGGUGGGAAACGUGUGUAUAUUACAUACUUGGACUUCGCCUACGUUCUGGGCAAGUUAGGGUAUCUUAGGUUUUAA